AUGCACGCGCGCUCGCCAGCAGCGGCACUUCUCCCUCCUCGCCUUGCCUUUCCUCCGCAGGCGAGCAGUGAUCAGCAGGGCAGCAGUGGUGCCUGCCGUGCGUCAUCCCACUGCCGCCAUCCCACAGGUGCAGUGCAGCAGCCUCCGCCCCUCCAGUCGCCACCCGCCUCCUUGCACAGGUGCAGUGCAGCACCCACCCAUCCAUCCCACAGGUGCAGUGCAGCAGCCUCCGCUGUUGCCCCGCCGCGCUGUCCCCUCAACCGCCUCGCGCCACCCGCCAUGCUGAAGGGAAGGAAGGGGGGGUUAUGUGGAGAACGCCUCCACUGCUGCCCCGCCGCGCUACCCCCUCGCCAUCCUUGCCCAGCCCGUCAGUCGCUCCGUCUCGUUCCUCCGCCUCACCCCAUGCACACGUGGGAGGAAGACGCCUCGUCGCAGCGCUGCCUCCUCGCCGCCGCCUCGCCCCAAGUGCCGCCUCCGCGCCUUGCCUCCGAGCGCGUGGUCAGCAGGGCGGCGGCACUUCUCCCUCCUCGCCUCGCCGUUCCUCCACAGGCGAGCAGUGGUCAGCAGCAGGGCAGCAGUGGUGCCUGCCGUGCGUCAUCCCACUGCCGCCAUCCCGCAGGUGCAGUGCAGCAGCCUCCGCCCCUCCAGUCGCCACCCGCCUCCUUGCACAGCCCUGUGCCUCUGCAAGGACGGGCAGGAGAGCACGUGGAGACAAGGAGUGCUCCCAGCAACAGGCGAGCAGUGAUCAGCAGGGCAGCAGCAGUGGUGCCUGCCGUGCGUCAUCCCACUGCCGCCAUCCCACAGGUGCAGCAGUCUCCUGGCCUCUCCACGCCCAUGCGUUGUGCUCCAGUGUCACCUCAGCACCGCGCCUCUGCAAGGACAGGGAGGUCCGAGGGGAGCACGUGGAGACAAGGAGGUGAGCCAGCGCACGAGAAUGAAAGAGAAAGGGACAAUGAACCGGCCAGGGCAGAGAAUAUCCGUGGCAUUACUUCAAAGGAGAACAAGGCGCAUCGCCUCAGUGGUGAGCAGCAUCGCCUCAGUGGUGAGCAGCAUCGCCUCAGUGGUGAGCAGCAUCGCCUCAGUGGUGAGCAGCAUCGCAUCAGUGGUGAGCAGCAUCGCCUCAGUGGUGAGCAGCAUCGCCUCAGUGGUGAGCAGCAUCGCCUCAGUGGUGAGCAGCAUCGCCUCAGUGGUGAGCAGCAUCGCCUCAGUGGUGAGCAGCAUCGCCUCAGUGGUGAGCAGCAUCGCCUCAGUGGUGAGCAGCAUCGCCUCAGUGGUGAGCAGCAUCGCCUCAGUGGUGAGCAGCAUCGCUGA